AGAAAAUAUUGAAACUAAUGAACCGGAAACACUUUCCAGUAAUGCUGAGAACCCUCUGUUUGAGAAGGGAGAGAAGCAAUUCCAAGCAAAUGAUCAGCUCCCGGUUAGAGACUCGAACGUGGAAAUUGAAGUCGAACCGACAAUCAUUCCGGAAAACCACAGCAUUGAAUUCUCAAAUGAAGAUAUGUCCAAUUGGAAACCUUUGGAUAUCGAUAGCAUCGAUAUUGAUUCAAUCCCUAUCAUAAUUCAUCAAAAUGAGAUUAUAAGGCCUGCAUUGAACAUGAGCUAUUUGAAUUCAAAUUCUACAAUUACUUCAGCUUCAUUAUCCCAAGAUUGUUCUGCUUAUAUACCUGAUUUGAGUGGAAGCAUCGAUUUCUCAGCCAAUACAAUCAACAUCUCAAAUGCUGUCGAAAACCCUACGACAGAUACUUCAACGGACUUCGAGAAGUCUCUUCUGAUGAAUAAACCUGGACACAGUGCUCCAGAUGACAACAUCAUGUAUGUGAAUACGGUAGAGUCAGGAAGAAAAAAAGAUUAUUGUAUCUUCUGUCGAACUGAGCAGGCCAAACUGAGUCGGCAUUUGAUAAGAAAACACAAAAAUGAAGAAAAAAUAAGAGAAAUUCUUAGUCACGAAAUAGGAAGCAAGAGAAGAAAGGAAUUAUUUGCAGCGAUUCGUAAGAAUGGCCAAUUUUUUCCGAGUGAAAUGGUAAAUACUGGCGAGCGUAAAGUAGCCAGACGUCCGAGUGCAAAAUCGGUGUGA